UGAGAUUCACGUCGCGCGCUCCUAGGUUGACGCAUGCGCACUUCGCCGCACUUUGCGGAAGGAGGCAGUGUUUUUGUUUUGGACAAUACGUUACCGAUGCAUGGCUACAUCGACUGCCACUGUCAUAUGUCUGCGGGGGACUUUGACAAGGACAUAGAUGAGGUGGUUGAGAAUUCAAAGAAGGCAGGAUUAUUGGCCCUUGUGGCAGUGGCCGAGCAUUCUGGUGAAUUUGAGAAGAUUAUUGAGUUGUCAAAAAGGUUUCCAGGUUUCGUUUUUCCGUGCUUAGGAGUUCAUCCUGUCCAAGAAAUCUCCCCAGAACAACAGAGGGGGGCUUCUCUCCGGGAUCUAGAUGCAGCUCUCCCCAUAAUAGAGAAAUACAAGGACCCCCUUGUGGCCAUUGGAGAGGUUGGUUUGGAUUUUACACCCAGAUAUGUCAAGGAUGAGAGUGACAAAGAAAGCCAAAGGCAGGUCCUCAUUCGUCAGGCCCAGAUAGCCAAGGAACUGGAUCUCCCUCUGAAUGUUCAUUCACGCUCUGCAGGAAGACCCACCAUCCACCUCCUCAGGGAGCAAGGUGUCCAGAAAGCCCUGCUUCAUGCGUUUGAUGGGAAACCAUCUGUUGCCAUGGAAGGAGUGAAGGCUGGAUAUUUCUUCUCCAUCCCACCAUCCAUCAUACGCAGUGGUCAGAAGCAGAAGCUUGUGAAACAGUUGCCGUUGGAAAACAUUUGUCUUGAAACAGAUUCACCUGCUCUUGGUCCAGAAAAACAGGUGAGAAAUGAGCCCAAAAAUAUCUGCGUCUCUGCCGAGUACAUCAGUAAGAUUAAAGGAGUGUCGUUAGAGGAGGUGAUGGAGGUGACGACACAGAACGCUCUCCGACUCUUCCCAAAAAUAAAGUCUGCCAUCAGACCCUGACAAAGGCCUUAGACGUUUGUUUCAUUGGUGAUUUAUAGUGGUAGUCGGAUUGAAGAGCUCCUGGAGUGUAAAUGAACAUUUGUUGUGAAUCAGUGUUAAGAUACCUUCAUCUGGACUACAUAACUGUUGUAAGAUAGUUACUUAUCUCCAUGUAUUCUUUAAUAAAGGAAGAUAAGGUCAACAACAAGUUGGAUGUUUUU